AUGGACCAUCUGGCUAGCUUUACCCCGGCCGAUCUGGCCGGACGUACCCCACCUGAUCUGUCGGCUUUCCGCUGGAAGCUGCUGGCCCAGGGCGACUCGUGGUUCUCCAACUCGCAAGACAAGCUCAACGCCCACGCCAACCUGCUGCAGGAGCUGGUCUUCAAGUCCAACACCGUCGCCAUCAACUGCGCCGGCACGGGCAAUGCGCUGUCGCACAUGGUGGACCUGCAGUCCAGCCCCGAUUUCGUGCGGCUGCUGACCGGCGCCGACGCCCCGGCCGACGCGUCGCUGAACGGCGCCGUCAUCGCCAGCACCAUCGCCUUCAACGGCGGCACCGGCCAGGGCCGCAUCUUCAUCAGCAAGGACGACGGCGUGAGCUUCGCGCUGCAGGGCGCGGUGACCGACGCCACCUGGCCCAAGGGCCUGUGCUGCGGUUCCGUCUACGAGCUGCCGUCCACGGUCGGCGUGCUGGCGGCCGGCACGCUGCUGUGGUCCGCUUCAGUAGGCCAGGAGACGCCCGGCACGCCGAUGAAGCACCCCAUCUACCGCAGCACGGACGCAGGCAAGACCUGGACCUCGCUGAACGCCCACUGCGGCAUCGGCCGCAAGCCGCGCGGCGGCGAUGGCACCGGCAUCUGGGAGCCCGAGUUCCUCGUCACCAAGGACGGCCAGCUCGCCUGCAUGUACUCCGAUGAGACCGACGACGGCGCGUCGCAGGUGCUGAAGAUCAUGAACACCGCCGACGGCGUGACGUGGAGCGCCCCGCGCCUGCUCGUCGCCGCCGUCAAGGCGACCGACCGCCCCGGCAUGGCCGUCACCAGCCGGCUCGGCGACGGCAGCUACCUGCUGAGCUACGAGUUCUGCAGCACGGCCGGCCUGGACUGCCGCGUCUACCUGAAGCGCUCCGUCGACGGCCUGGACUGGGGCGCCACCAGCGACAAGGGCGCCGAGCCCAAGACGGCCGACGGCGGCUGGUUCCGCCACGCGCCCACGCAUGUCUGGCUGCCGACGCAAAAGCGCAUCGCGCUGGUCGGGCAGAUCCUGAACAACGCCGCCGGUGCGGUCGAUGCGGCCGGCAACGGCAACACCAUCUUCAUCAGCAGCACGGCCGACGGCACCGGCCCGUGGACGACGAUGGCCGCGCCCGUGAAGACGGUGAACCCGCCGAACGGCACGAACUGGUGCCAGAACUACUCGUCGCCGCUGCUGCCCAGCGCGGACGGCAAGCAGCUGCUGAUGCUGUCCAGCGACUUCGAGACGAUGGCCGUGGACACCAUCGUCGGUGCGACGGCCGACCAACGCGCCGAACAGCAUCUUGAUGCCCGCCACGGCCGCACCGUGGCGGUUGUCCCAGUACUCGCCGCUGACCGGGUCGACGCGCAGCAGGCUGAUGCGCGGGUCGGUCUCGCCCUCGGGGAACCAGGCGCGCAGCGUCGGCUUCCACAGGCGGUGGAUGGUGUCGGGGUCGAUGACCUCGGUGGCCUCGCCGUCGAGCUUCAGGUGGCCGCCGUUGUCGCCUUCCUUGAAGAACAGCGUCACGCGCGGGUCGCGGUCGAGUUCGACGUUCUUCAGGCUGUCGGCCUCGGUGAAGAACCACAGCGUGCCGUCGUCGUCGAUCUCGAUGACGGUCAUCGGCCGCGCAUGCAGCUCCGAGCCGAUGCUCAGCGUGCAGAAGAAGCAGCUGUCGCCGUUGCUGACGAUGUCCUUGAUCUUGUCGAUGGCCGCCGGCCCGCUGAGGUCUUCGUCGGGGGCGUGGCCGUGGUCGGCAAAGUCAUCGCGGUCGUUCAUGUCGGCUCCUGGGCUGGGGGGUGUUGCGCAAGCCUAGGCAGGCCGCCAUGGCCGAGGUAUCGGCCGGCAGGCUGGGCCGCUGUCGGAAGGCGUGCCGCCUGUUCUCCUACGCCCGCUUCGGCGCCAGCCGACGCCACCUGCCCGGAGCGACGCAUAGAUUGGCGAUGCUGCGCCCUUUGCAAGCUGCAUGGAUUUCCUCGACGUCCCGACGAUCCUCAAGGCCACUGCCGUCUUCAACCUGAUGGCGGCGCUGGCCUGGCUGACGCUCGCCCAGUCCUUCCGCAUCGCGCCGCGCGCCAGCCGGCUGAUGGCCGCGGCGCACGUGGUGCGCUUCGCCACGCAGGGCUAUGGCGACGACAUGGCCGGCUGGCCCGAGCUUGCGCAACAGGCCAUCCCCGAGUUCGGCCUGCUGGGCUGCCUGGUGCUGCUGCUGCUGGCGCUGCGCCGCAUGCUGCGCAGCCGCCAGCGCCCGCACGACAUCGCCUGGAUCGGCGGCCUCGGCGCGGCGGGCAUUUGCGCCGGCCUGGCCAGCGGCUCGGGCCUCGCCACCGAACUGGCCGGCACGGUGGCCGUGACGCUGCUGGCGCUGCUGUCGGUGCGCGAGGUGAUGCGCGGCGUGGGCACGCAGCUGUCGCGCCUCGUCACGGCCUGCAUGACGCUGCCGUUCGCGCUGCUGGCCGUGAUGACACUCGUGCACGGCGCGGAGUUGCUGACGGAGCCGGGCUGGGACGGCCACAUCCUGCGUGGCGAGCUGCCGUCGCCCGCGCGCGCCGUGCUCUGGUACGUCGUCACGGCCGCCAUCACGCUCAGCCUCAUCGCGCUGAUGAUCUGGCGCGUCGUCAUGCGCAUCCAGCACCUGACGUACCGCGACCCGCUGACCGGCGCGCUGAACCGCCGCGCGUUCGAGAAGGCGCUCAACGACGCGCAGGCGCAGCUGCAGCGCGGCCACGGCUUCGCGCUGGUCAUGAUCGACAUCGACCACUUCAAGCGCAUCAACGACGACCACGGCCACCCCGCCGGCGACGCGGCGCUGCAGCACUGCCUCGUCGUGCCCUCACAUCGCGUCGCGAUGCUGGGCGGCAUGAACAAAGCCCUCUUCAUCAAGCUGGCCAUCCUGGCCGUCGUCACCGCCCUGCUGUGCCUCGUGCUCGCGCAGAUCGGCGGGCUCGUGCAUGA